AUGCUGAUGGUCCACAGAGUUCCACCUGCCAUCAUGGGUGUGGUGUCCUUGGUAUUUUGGACAGUCUACUAUCUAGGUCCGUCAGUCCUGUCUGGUGUUUCCUGUUUUGUGAUGUUUCUGUGCUUGGCUGACUACUUUGUUCCCAUUCUUGCACCUCGAAUUUUUGGCUCCAAUAAAUGGACCGCUGAGCAGCAGCAAAGAUUCCACGAGAUUUGCAGCAAUCUAGCAAAAAUACGACGCAGGGCCGUGGGCUGGUGGAGACGCCUCUUCACACUGAAGGAAGAAAUGCCUAAAAUGUACUUCAUGACCAUGAUCGUUCCUCUGGCUGCAGUCGCCUGGGUGGGACAGCAGGUCCACAACCUUUUCCUCACAUACUUGUUUGGAACUUCUGCACUGUUGCUGCCUGGACUAAACCAACACAGCAUAGUCUCGAAGUACAUUAGAAUGGCCAACAGGGAGAUUAACAAGCUUCUCAAACAAAAAGAAAAGAUGAAUAAUGCAUCUGCUUUCUUCAGUGUGACUGAUGGGAGCAAGCGUCGUCCCUGGCAACAGUUCUGA